AGAAGGUCGUCGGGUUGCACAUGGUUCUGUUCGUUCAAAUGGUGUAGACUAGUUGUAGUGGUUCGAUUAUGUUGUCGGAAUAGUUUUAAUAUUUUUCGCGGGUUUUGUGUUAAAUGACUUGAUUUCUUUGAAUAUUUUUGGAUAAUUGUCACCGCUAUGAUGGAUUUCAAGUUACGAUUGUUUAUUUGUCUUGUGACAUUAUCAUUAGCAAAAUGCAAUCAGUUCUAUUUUCCGGACAAUAUGCCUAAGGCACCCUUGUUAAAUUCAUCGCAACCGAUUGUUCCAGACCUUACUGCCAUUAAAGGUAGUCCCGAAUAUGAAACUGUCAUCGACAGGAUUAUUUCGGAGGGAAUUGCUAAAACCACUUUGGCGAUCAACAGGGUCAUUUUGGAAACUUCUCGGUCGAAUUAUGAUAAUAUUGUGUUUGCCCCUGUCAGUAUAUCAGCUGCGCUGGCGUUGGUGUUGUUGGGAUCCAACGGCAAAACUUACGACGAGAUCAUAUCUUUGAUGGGCCUAGCAACCGGAAUGGAAGAUCUGAAGUCCAAAUCCCUGGUGGUGCACACACAAUUCGGUCGAAUGAUCCGGAAGGUGGAGAGGACGUCCGGAUUCGAUAUGGGAUCUGAGGUGUUGUUCGCCUCAUCCAUUUUUGUCCAGGACAAUUUCCCCAUCCGUUCCCUGUACAAACAAACCGCUGAGGAUUUGUACGAAUGCGAAGUGCUGAAUGUGGACUUUGAGAGGAACAUUGGGAUUGCGGAGAAGCAAAUAAAUGCGUGGGUGUCUGACAGAACGCACGGAAAAAUUACGGAUAUAGUGCAAAACACUUUGUCGUCGUCGACUAAAGUCGUUAUCGUAAGUGCCAUGUAUUUUAAAGCUGCUUGGGAGAGGCCGUUUUUCCCUGGAACAACCCACAAACAUCCUUUCUAUACUAAUGGCCAGAAUUCUAAAGCCACUAUUGAUGUAGAACUAAUGGCGAACGGUGGUUUCUUCCCUUAUUUUAAUGACGAAAUUUUAAAUUGUGAAGUAAUGGGAUUACCUUAUAAAGGCAACAAGACUGUUAUGUAUGUGGUAAAACCUGUCGACUCCAAUAUGCAAAUUUUGAGGGAACUAGAAUUGAAAAUGACAGCAGCUGAUUUGAACCGGUUAGCUGACAGUACUGAGCUUAGAGAUAUGGUUACGUUAUUUCCAAAGAUGAAGAUCGAAAGUACUUUAGAUUUGACUAAACCUUUGUACGCAUUAGGAGUGAAAUCAUUGUUUAAUGCUUCUGAAUCAAACUUGGCUUUGUUAUCACCAGGGACGUCCGAAGAUGUUUUGCCAGCUUUGGCAAACCAAAAACUAAAUGUGCCAAUAGAAAAUGUUAAAAAUCCACUUGCAGUUGAUCAAAGAUACUCCGGUGAUAACGACGUACUAAUUUUCAGCAGGAUUGGACAACCAAAGAAUUGCACCCAAGCAAUUGAUCCUAAUAGUCCAGUAAACGUGUGCCAGGACAAAACCGAUAUCACUGAGCCACUAAACAGACCAUGGAAGAAAAUCAACAGACGGAUACAACAAAAAGUUGAGACUUUAGAUUCCUUAAGAGAAUUAAUUAACACAGAAUCAACUGAUAAUCGUUAUAAAAAUCCAGGACUUUAUGCAGAUAAAGUAAUUCAUAAAGUUUACAUGGACAUCACUGAGACUGGCACUGAAGCUGCAGCCGCAACUGGAAUAAGCUUAACUAGGAGCGGUAACAGAGUGGCGUUCCGGGUAGAUGUGCCGUUUUUCUUUUUCAUCAGACACGAGGAAACAAAACAAUUACUCUUUUGGGGAUCAGUUAAUGCACCAGUUCCUAAUUUUAAGAGACAAGAUUAGAAUGUUUUAAGUGAUUUUAUUUAUGUAAUAUAGUUUUAAUAAAAUGUUUUUAUAAGGA